GAGUGCAUCUCCGUCCACGUCGGCCAGGCCGGCGUCCAGAUGGGCAACACCUGCUGGGAGCUGUACUGCCUGGAGCACGGCAUCCAGCCUGACGGGCAGAUGCCCAGUGACAAAACCAUUGGCGGAGGGGACGACUCCUUCACCACCUUCUUCUGUGAGACCGGGGCUGGGAAGCAUGUCCCACGGGCCAUCUUUGUGGACCUGGAGCCCACUGUGAUUGAUGAGGUUCGGGGAGGAGUCUACCGCCAGCUCUUCCACCCUGAACAAAUGAUCACUGGCAAGGAGGAUGCUGCCAACAACUAUGCCCGUGGGCACUACACUAUUGGCAAAGAGAUCAUUGACCAAGUGCUGGACAGGAUCCGGAAGCUGGCUGACCAGUGCACAGGACUCCAGGGAUUCCUUGUGUUUCGUAGUUUUGGAGGUGGCACUGGCUCUGGGUUCACCUCCCUCUUGAUGGAACGACUCUCUGUUGACUACGGCAAGAAGUCCAAGCUGGAGUUCUCCAUCUACCCUGCACCACAAGUCUCCACUGCUGUGGUAGAGCCCUACAACUCCAUCCUCACCACACACAGCACAUUGGAGCAUUCAGACUGUGCUUUCAUGGUGGACAACGAGGCCAUCUAUGACAUCUGCCGCAGGAACCUGGACAUCGAGCGCCCAACCUACACCAACCUGAAUAGACUCAUCAGCCAGGUUGUCUCAUCCAUCACAGCAUCACUGAGGUUCGAUGGAGCCCUGAAUGUUGAUCUGACCGAGUUCCAGACCAACCUGGUGCCCUACCCUCGCAUCCACUUCCCACUGGCCACUUAUGCUCCUGUGGUUUCAGCUGAGAGAGCUUAUCAUGAGCAGCUGUCAGUGGCCGAGAUCACCAACUCCUGCUUCGAGCCAGCCAACCAGAUGGUGAAGUGUGACCCUCGCCAUGGCAAGUACAUGGCCUGCUGCCUGCUGUACCGCGGGGACGUGGUGCCCAAGGACGUCAACGCCGCCAUUGCCACCAUCAAGACCAAGCGCAGCAUCCAGUUUGUGGACUGGUGCCCCACGGGCUUCAAGGUGGGCAUCAACUACCAGCCUCCCACGGUGGUGCCAGGGGGCGACCUGGCCAAGGUGCAGCGCGCCGUCUGCAUGCUGAGCAACACCACGGCCAUCGCCGAGGCCUGGGCUCGCCUGGACCACAAGUUCGACCUGAUGUACGCCAAGCGCGCCUUUGUGCACUGGUACGUGGGCGAGGGCAUGGAGGAAGGCGAGUUCUCUGAGGCACGGGAAGACAUGGCCGCUCUGGAGAAGGAUUAUGAGGAGGUGGGCCUGGACUCCUAUGAGGAUGAAGACGAGGGUGAGGAAUAGAAAAGCCUCAGCCAAAAAGGACCAUGCUCCUUCCCAAUGUUAUCUGCAGAAACCCUUUGCAAUAAACCAUUUCAGAGCCUCUGUGUCUCCCACUGUCCCCCAGCUGUAUUCUUGCCAGGUCAGGUGUGUGGUGAG